UCAAGAAGCACAAAAAUAUUUUAUUAUUGUAAUCUAAAAAUUAUAAUAGGCAGAAAUUGGUGGUGGAAGAGAUCCGCAGUAGACCAGAGGGCGUGAGGCAUGGGCGCAUCUGCAUCAACAUGCGCUAUCCACAUAUAAUCGUGUAGCAAACAAACAAAAGGAGAUGAGCUGAUUGGGAUCGGAAUUUCAUAAACAUGAAGUUGGUUUGGGAUUGGGAAGAAGAGUUCAAAUUCAGUCCCAAAAUGGAUGGAUAUGGUUUGACAUGGACCUUCUCCGUCCUGCUCUUCAUCUCCCUUUACCGAUUCCUCUCCUUCCGUCGCCGUUCCCCACCGCUAAAUUCUCCAUCUUCCCCAGCCGCCGCCGCCGCACCCAUCCAGGCCCGGGAGGUUAUAUUUGAUUCAGAUUUGAAGAAUCUCAUGGAAGAGCUGGAUGAGAGCAAGGGCAAUUGGGAAAACCUAAUCCAGAAAAGUUCUAAUUCUGUUUCUUACACGGCAAAGUGCUGUAAACCGAAGGUUGGAGUUGGAGCGUUGAAGUAUCUGAGUGUGACCACAUUUGAGGAUUGCUCUGUGGAUAUGGUGCUUGAUUUUUACAUGGACAGUGAUUAUAGGAUGGAGUGGGAUAAGACUGUUGUUCAGGAUCAACAACUGCAGCUGGAUCAAACCACUGCCACUGAAUUUGGAAGAACUGUUAAGAAAUUUCCGUUGUUGACUCGCAGAGAGUAUGUUCUUGCUUGGAAACUAUGGCGGGGAACCGAUGGCUCUUUCUACUGCUUUACUAAGGAAUGUGAUCAUCCACUGGCCCCGGAGGAUAAAAGAUAUGUAAGAGUUGCACUUUACAGAUCUGGCUGGAGAAUCAGGAAAGUUCCAGGUAGAAAUGCCUGCGAGAUUAGAAUGGUGCACCAAGAAGAUGCUGGAUUGAAUGUGGAAAUGGCAAAACUUGCCUUUAUAAAGAGGAUAUGGAGUUACGUGUGCAAGAUGGAUGAUGCACUUCGCAAGUAUACUGUUAAAAAGCAGAAUAAACUCAGUCCAAUUUCUGGUCCCAGAUUGUCUAUUCAGAAGGUCCCAGCUGAAUUUGAAGACACAGAUAACAGUAUCAGCACAGUAGAUGAACAAACCCUUGCUGUAGGUGCCAAUCAGCAUGUUGUGACUUGCAAGUCCAACAAGACUAGGCUGAGAAGAAUGCCUUCAAGUAAAUUAAUUGCUAAUGGUUUAGUUCUCCUUGGUGGCGCCAUCUGCCUCUCGAGAGGCCACUCGAGCUUGGGUUCAAAGGUUGCCAUGGCCUAUUUGUUAGGUAAGCUUACAAAACGAGGCGCUUCUUAUGAGAAACAAGGACACAGAGUCUAGAAAUGAUGAUGGUGCUACAAAUGCAAAUGGGCUGUAAAUAUGGAGGAUGGGGUAUAUCUGAUAUAGUUUUGUCUAAUCAAAUCAAGAUAUUUGAGUAUUACACAAACCAUACAAGUAAUUUUGUUAUCUUUGGUCUGUUUAUGUAACACCCCUACUUUUUCUAUC